AUGAAGGAUGAACCGAUUGAAGUUUCCACCAGUCCUGCGCUGGAGCUCGAUAGUAUUGCCAAAGAGGGAGAAAUACUCGAGACUAGGCAUGGUCAUGUCGUCGACCAUGGACUUCAUCGCGGUCUUAAGGGUCGGCAUUUGCAGAUGAUGUCUCUAGGCGGCGUCGUGGGCGCAAGUAUCUGGUACGGAACCGGUAACGCAUUGUCAAAUUCAGGACCGGUUGGCGCCCUUAUUUGCUUCAUCGUCAUCGGCAUCGACGUCUUUUUCGUGAUGCAAGCUCUGGGAGAAUUGGCGACACUGUAUCCAACGCCCGGCGCAUUCACCGAACUGGCGGGACGAUUUAUCGAUCCUUCUUUGUCUUUUGCGCUUGGUUGGAACUAUUGGUAUCUGUGGGUAACGAAUAUUGCGAGCGAGUACAAUACAUUUUCUAUUGUGCUCAAUUUCUGGACCGACAAGGUCCCGUCAUAUGGCUGGAUUUUGAUUGCAUGGGCGUUCUUUCAGGUCUUAGGUCUGUUGGGUGUGGUGAUCUAUGGCGAACUUGAAUUUUGGCUGGCAACUUGGAAGAUAUUUUGUGUUUUGGCAGGAUAUAUCAUAGCCAUCUUGGUCAAUACUGGUGCCAUUGGAGGGGACUAUAUUGGAUUCCGAUACUGGAAAGAUCCGGGUCCGUUUGCAGAGGGAGGCAUCAAUGGCUUUGGCCAGUCAUUCGUUCUGGCGGCCGUCUAUUAUUGUGGCACAGAGAUGAUUGCUAUCACUGCAGGAGAGAGUCGAAAUCCCAAGAAACAUAUUCCAAAGGCGAUAAGGAAUACAUUCUUUCGUAUUUUGAUCAUCUUCCUCGGGCUUGUAUUUUUCGCCUCGAUUAUUGUCCCGUCUAAUGACCCAGGAUUCGUGACGGCAACAAGCAAAAGCGCGUCCUCUCCAUAUAGUUUGGCUCUCCAACACGCCGGCUGGGAAGCAGCCCCAAAUCUGAUCAACACGUUCAUCUUCACUGCUGUUUUCUCCUCUAUCAAUUCAUCCAACUACAUCGCGUCGCGUACGCUGUUGUCCCUUGCCCAGCUUGGCCGUGCCCCAAGGAUAUUCGCCAAAACCACCAGCAGGGGCGUACCGAUAUAUGCUGUCAUUGUUACCAACACACUUGGUUUGAUUGCGCUCAUCAAUACUGGCGCUGGUGCAGGGCCAGUUUUCACCUAUCUUGUCACAAUAUCUGGCUCCGCGACCUUCAUUGCCUGGGCAUUCAUAGGCAUCACCCACCUGCGGUUCCGACGCGCAUGGAAGCUGCAAGGCCGAUUGCCAGAAGACCUCCCUUUUCGAGCAUGGUUAUAUCCAUGGGGCACACUUUUCGUGGUCGCGUUGAACCUAUUCUUAGUUUUCAUCCAGGGGUAUUCGACGUUGCUGACACCCUGGCAGCCCGUGGCGUUUGUGUUUAAUUACAUUAUCUUGGUGUUGUUUUUCGGGCUUUGGAUGUUUUGGAAGUUCUGGAAGAAGUGCAAGUUUGUUGAUCUGAGGAAGGUGGACUUGAACAAGGAUCGACGAGACGUGUUGGAUGACACUGUUGAGGACGAGGAGGUUCGGAAGGUCUCGCUUUUCAAGAGGGCAGUUGGGUUAGUUCGUAGGAUGAAAGCGUAG